CGACCCCCGCGAGAAAUGGACGAGUGACCCCCGGCGCCUCGCAAGACCGGCAUGCCAAUGCUAAAGGCUCAAUGGCAGCACGCCGCUCCAGCUACCCGCUCGCUUCGUCGAGCCCCUCAGCAGACUCGGUCCCCCACUCCAGGCCCUUGGCUUCGCGGCGUAUAACCGAUCUGAAUGGCCGAGAAGAUUCCGAUGAUGACUACCAGGACGAGCCCCAGGACUACGACGACGACUUCUAUGCCGAUAUCGAUGGCGAUGCCGAUUGGAAGGCCAAUGCCCAUGCCAGGCUCGGCGCCCAGGUCGACGGCAUCACGGACGACGAUGUCGACGACCCCCCUCAUUCUUCGCCCACUGUUCCGUCUGGGUCCACAGUCAAUGGUUCCACGCACAGUGAGACGCCAACGGCUGACGGACCAAAACUAUCGCAGCAGCAGCUUGUUGAGUAUCGGGAAAGGCUGAUCCGCGAUCUGGAACUGCGGGAUCUCUCCGCUCAAGAGCUGCACUUGGGACUUCCCGACAAGACCCGCGUGGCGCCCAUUCUCGAAGAUGCCGUCCUCAACUCCCCCUAUCCAACGUCCUCGGCCUUUACCAGCACGUCGACCGAGUCUGGAAACACAAUCCGUGGUGGCAUGACCCCGGCACCCAUCGCCGGCACCCCCUCAUAUCCCUUCCCUCGAAUGACGCUUCCGCCUGGGAGCUUUGGUCCAUCGGGCUUUUCUCUCCCACCCGCCCAGGCUUCCGCCGCACCAGGUUUCUCCCGGUCGCCUCAUGCAAUGGCACUUGAACAUCGCGGCGUCCUCGACAGAGUCCUGUCAGAGACGUCGACCCCGGCUUCGGCCAUGACCUUCCAGCCGGGAGCCACUCCUCAGCCUGAAGGCUUUGACUUCCCCACCCCUAAUCUGUAUGACCUCUCGCUGAUGCUGUCCGCCGAGCCUGGCCUCGAUGCCUGGUGGGGUACCGUCGUCCAGAUCAUGCGGGAAGUGUAUCAGGCCGAGCGUGUAACGCUGGCAGUUCCCGCCGACACUACCGACAUUGAAAACGUGCCGUGGGGACAGAAGGCUACGUAUAACGAGCACGAGCAGGAUGACCUCAGCAUGAACUACUUGGCCAAGGGCGGCACCAGCGCCCUGCAGAGCACGGUGAAUGACGCUCUUGAUGAUGUGUUUGCCAGCCCUGCCGUAGGCACGCCCUUGGAUGGGCCAAAGCGGCCUACAUUCGCUAGCCGUCACUCCUUUACCGCCUUCGAAGAGAACAAGGACAUCCCACCGGAAGGCAUCACGAUGGCGGCACCUCGUCGGCCCACCUACUUAACUAGAAGUCAAACACAUUCUCCGUCCAUUCAGACCGCGGCGGACCGGCAGGGAGAACCUCACGCCAAGCUCAACAAAAGCACCCUGGAGCAGCACGACAUCAUCGAGGAAGAGCAACAGCAGCAACAGCACAUACCCAGCUGGGAAGCGUCCUUUGUGAAUAAGAGCAACAGCCAGGGCAGAGUUCUGCCUGUUCUACAGGCUCUUGAUUACGAAGCUGAUCCCUUGAUUGACAAUACGGGCGUCAUGAGAGUCCUGGAGCGCGGGCGGCCGGUGGCCUUGACGAGGAAUUACCCCUACUUGGCGCCAGCCGCUCCGGCCGCACCCUCAACGGGGCCGGCGGGUGCCUUCAAGCCCGGCCCCAGGACGCCCGGCCAAGAGCUGCCGAGGAAGCCCAAGAACAAGAGGUCAGACUCUGCAACCAAGCUGUCGUCCAUCUUUUCAGGCCCUACCGGUGCCCGUGCCUCUGUUAGAUCCAAGGUUCACUUUGGCGACACCAUACUGGACGACGACAGCCCAAGGCCGCCCACGCCGAAAUACGAGGAGUAUGAGCAAACCCCUCCGUCGCCUUGGUCGCAAUCUCCGGCCCCGUCACCCGCGGUCAGGCCCGAUCCGAAGGAAAACCCUUUCUUCGCAGAUGCCACCGUCGACGAAGACUCCUUCAACCCGGAUCCCACACCCACCGACUACGCCUCCAUGCGGCCCCCGGAGGCUAUUGGGGUCGACCACUCCUGGACGGUUCUACACAUACCCCUUUCGCUCGCCGUGCCCUCUAAGCUGCAGCCCCACCCCUUCAAGCUUGAUGCCACGGCGAUGCAUCAGAAGUCCCAUUCGAGGAGCAGCCAGUCGCCAGAGAGCACUCACCAUAUCUCCAUGGAGCCCGAGGUCCCAAAGAGAGACAAGCCGGCGCCGAUUGCCAUCUUGUCCAUCCUCAGCCCCGUCAUCCCGUACCCGUCCAACUUGCGGCACUCCCUGGAGCACCUGGCACCACAUCUCGCCGCCACUUUCUCUCUGUGUCGACACUACACCAAUCUCGAGACGGAACUGGCCGGUCUCAAGCGGAGAAGGCCAUCUACGGCUGGAUUUGGUGCGGUUACCGCAUUCGGCCGGCCGAUGGAAAGCGGCCCCUUUCUCGCCGCGGACGAGACGGCUGUCCUACAACAGUCGUUGGCCGGGAGCAUCACCAGUCCAAGCGACUAUUCGGGCAUCUCCAAAAGCACCACUGGCUCCCCGACCGGCACCCCCGGAUGGGACUCGGGGGCUCUCGUUUACCUCGCGGAGAGGCGGCAGCCUGCAGCGAGCCCGGCGGGCAUCUCUCAGACUUCGGGUGGCUAUUUUGGCAGCAAGCUUGCGAGACAGAGCUCGCAGCGGUCUCGAGCUGGUUCUAAAGACGACCCUCCUGGAGAAGUGCGGCCAUCUCGCCUGGCUGGCAGCAAAACCCCCCAAACUCCGCAGGCUGCCGUGACAGACGCCGACGAGGUGGCGGAUAGACAUACGGGGAGCUCGGACGAACCCUCCAGCACAAAGGAUGCUCCAUCUCGGAAUAGUCUCGAGGGAAGCAUUGACCUUGACGCUGUAUCGGCCGAUAAAUACCCCGAGCCUUCAAAGGUCGAGCAGGCUCCAUCCAAGAAGGGCCACACGCUUCUUCACAGCUACGGCGCCGACUUUGCUUCCACGUUCCAAUCAUUGCCCCCCGGCGCCAGCCUGCCCAGCCGGCCGCUGACAUCCAAUGCAAACGUGCUGCAGAGGAGCAACUCGUUCAUCGCCUCAGCCGCCGACAUGCCACCACCGUCCGAUAAGCUGAAAGGCCUCAUACUCGACUCUCUACCGGCCCAGGUGUUCGUUGCGUUGCCGCAAACGGGUGAAAUCGUGUGGGUCAACAGCCGUUACCUGUCCUACCGGGGACAGACGGUGGCAGACCUCUCCGCGGAUCCAUGGGGCAGCAUCCACCCAGACGAGCGCGAGGAUUAUCUCAAGGCCUGGAGCCACUCGCUGCGGACCGGAGAGCAGUUCUCAAGCACUGUAAGGAUCAAGAGAUUUGAUGGCGCCUACAGGUGGUUCUACGCCCGCGCCGUGGCUUCCAGGGACAAGCGGGGCGCCGUCGUGCAGUUUCUGGGCUCAUACCUGGACAUUCACGAGCAGCGCAUAGCAGAAAUCAAAGCCGCGCGCCAACAGGAGGUUGAGGCCUCGGAGGCAAAGCAUCGCCUGCUAGCCAACCUGAUCCCGCAGAUUAUCUUUACUGCCACAGAGGAGGACGGUGUGACGUUUGCAAACGAGCAAUGGCUGUCCUACACUGGCCAGAGCUUUGAGGACUCACUGCGCCUGGGCUUCUUGGACUUCGUCCACCCAGAAGACUUGGCCAGAUGCCGCAUUCCUUCAUCUGCUUCUUCACAGCCGACAUCACCGCCCACCGCCUCGAGUCAAAAGGGCUCCGGCGACACCACAAGCACGCCCACAGGCGCAACAAGGGAGCGGCCGGCAGAGACCCCGGGCCGAGGACCACCACCAUCAAGCAAGCAAGGCGCUGGCGGUGAAGCAGGCUACCACCUUGCGAAUCCCGAUAUUGCAGAGCUUGCCAAAAAGGGCGUCAUCAAGGUCGGCACCGACUCCAACGGCAGGCUAUCGUACACGACGGAGGUCCGACUGCGUUCGAAGACGGGAGAGUAUCGGUGGCAUCUCGUUCGCUGUGUCGAGAUUGACACCAUAGACUUUGGCAGCGGCGCUAGUUCCUACUUUGGCUCUGCCACCGACAUCAACGAUCACAAGCUCCUUGAGGCGAAGUUGAAGGAAGCCAUGGAAUCAAAGGGCCGGUUCUUGAGCAACAUGUCGCACGAGAUCCGCACCCCUCUGAUAGGCAUAUCGGGCAUGGUGAGCUUCUUGCAGGAUACCACGCUCAACGAAGAGCAGCGGGACUACACCAACACCAUUCAGACGAGUGCCAACAGUCUCAUCAUGAUCAUCAACGACAUCCUGGAUCUCUCCAAAGUGGAUGCAGGAAUGAUGAAGCUGAGAUACGAAUGGUUCCACACCCGCUCGCUUAUCGAAGAUGUCAACGAACUCGUGUCGACGAUGGCCAUCUCUAAACGACUCGAGCUCAACUACCUCGUAGAUGCAGACGUCCCGGCGUGGGUAAAGGGAGACAGGGUUCGGAUCCGCCAGGUCCUGUUGAACGUCAUCGGAAACGCCAUCAAGUUCACGUCGGAGGGCGAGGUGUUUAGUCAGUGCAAAGUGUACAGGGGUGACGACGCAGUGGUAGGGGAACACGAGAUUAUGCUCGAGUUCAUCAUCACCGACACUGGCCGUGGCUUCUCGGAGGAAGAAAAGGCUCUCAUAUUCAAGCCGUUCAGCCAGAUUGACGAGAGCAGCACGAGACAGCAUGGAGGCAGCGGGCUUGGCCUUGUCAUCUCAAGGCAACUCGUCGAGCUCCACGGCGGCAAGAUGGAAGGGAAUGCGGUCAUGGGCAAGGGCUCAACCUUUACCUUUACGGCUCGCUGCUCGCUACCGACGCUCGAAGAUCGGCCUCCGAUGCCUAACAGUCCGGGAUCGACAGCAACGGCGGUGUCUCCAGUACCUGCCACGGCCGAUGAGCGUGGCCAUCAUGCAACGCUUCCUGCGCUUCCGCCCACGGCUCCCCUAGCCCAGAAUGCGCACGCUAUGGACGAGACCGGCAUCGUGGGUCCAGAAUUCCUUACGCUGGGUGCUGAUUCGACGGGCAGCUCGAGCCAGUCUCCUCACUCUGGCCAGUCGCUUGCCACGGACAGAUCUUCCAUCACGUCGAUGAAUACGGGCCUGGCUCGCUUCAGCGAGGCGGCCAAAGCCAGCGGUCAAGACCUUUCGCAGAUGAAGCUCGAGAUGCCAUCCGACCGGAGUUCGACAACGCGGAGCGCAACGCCGGAGAAGAAGCUGCCGGCUGAAACGUUCCGCCCACCCAUGUAUCUGAUACUCCUGAUUUGCCCCCAGACGCACAGCCGCGAAGCUACCACGCAGCACAUUGAGAUGACGCUGCCGAAAGACGUGCCGCAUCAGAUCACCGCCGUCGCCAGCCUAGAGGAGGCUGAAGCUUACAUUGGAGGCGAAGACCCCAUCCGGUUCACUCACAUCGUCAUCAACCUCGGCGAGGCCGAGGCAGUCAUCAGCGUCAUGGACAAGAUCACCAAGUCUCAGAAGAUGGACAGCACCAUGAUCCUGAUUCUCUCGGACUCGGUCCAGCGGCAGGAGGUGAUGAAGUACUCGUCUGGCACCAAAUACGAGAAGCUCUUCUCGGACAAGAUGGUCAACUUCAUCUACAAGCCGGUCAAGCCGUCUCGCUUCGCAGUCAUCUUCGACCCGGAUCGCCGACGGGAUCUGAGUACCGACUGGAACAGGUCUACCGCGCAGCAAAUGCUGGAGAGUCAGAAGGCUAGCUCCCUGGAGCUCCAGAAGCGCAUGGGCAACAAGGGCUUCAGGGUCCUCCUGGUGGAAGACAAUCCGGUCAACCAAAAGGUGAUGACCAAGUUUUUGAUGAAGGUCGCAGUCGACGUGGACAUUGCCGUGGACGGAGCAGAGUGCGUCGAGAGAGUGUUUUCGAAACCGCACAACUAUUACUCUCUCAUUCUGUGCGACCUCCACAUGCCUCGAAAAGAUGGCUACCAAGCCUGCCGCGAGAUUCGGGAAUGGGAAAUGCAUUACAACUAUCCGCAGAUGCCCAUUAUUGCGCUUUCUGCUAACGUCAUGUCAGACGUACAAGAGAAGUGCGCUGCGGCCGGAUUCAGCGACUAUGUGACGAAGCCUGUGGACUUUAUCGAUCUCAGCAGAGCCAUGUCGCGGUUUUUCUGA